AGUGCAAAGAUCACAAAGUAUAACGGUGAUUAGAGAUGAGUUUCUUCAUACAGAGAGUAUUGUAGAUAGAAUGUGGAAUUCUCUGUCACAAAAGCAGAAUCCGCAGUUAUUUUUAAAAAUGGAAUUGGGGUUGUUGAAAAAGAUGAUGCAAGAAGACAUGUACAACAGUGGGACUAGACUAUCUUCAAGUAAACCUAGUUCAGAAGAAGAUGGCAAGUGAUUUGUUGAACACGCCAAAUAAGUUGGCAUUCGAAGCAUGGGUAGAAGAAACUGGCAUCACUCUGGUCCAGAUCAAUGGUCAAAGGAAGUUUGGUGGACCUCCUCCAGGCUGGACUGGUCCCUCUCCUCUGGCUGGGUGUGAAGUCUUUAUCGGCAAACUACCCCAGGAUCUCUACGAGGAUAAGCUAAUCCCGUUGUUUCAGAUGGCCGGGAAACUUUACGAGUUUCGUCUCAUGAUGACUUUCAGUGGUGAAAACCGGGGAUUCGCAUACGCCAAGUAUGCCAAUCGCUGGUAUGCUCAGUGUGCCAUUGCCAUGUUCAAUGGCUACCCAAUACGUGAUGGUCUCCCCAUGGUAGUUUGCAAGAGCACUGAGAAGAAUGAGCUUUGUGUCAGAGGCAUCCCUUUGGGAAAGCAGAGACUGGAGGUCUUGGAAGUCCUUAAAGAGCUGACCGAGGGUGUAACUGACCUGUCGCUCUAUCUCAACAUGGACCGGAGAAAAAAGAUGGCACUGUUUGCAGUUGUGACAUACGAAAAUCAUCGAGCGGCAGCGAUGGCAAAGAAGAAGCUUGUAGAAGGGUGCAUUGAGCUGUGGGGCCGAGCCAUUGAGGUUGACUGGGUGAAAAUGGAUGGGAAACAGAAGAAUCACCACAGCCUCCUUUCCCAAACCCAGCUGGGCUUGCCAAUAGCUCCGUGGUUGGCGUUGCCUCCUGGGCUCUCCCUGCCAUCACCAAAGGGUUUCACCAAAUGCUUCAUUCCCGAGUUAAAUGUCUCUGCCAACCAUAGCCAAAGCAUGGCAUCAGCUGGAUCAAUGGACCUGAUAACUCGGUGCCUUCACUCGGAGGGUUCGGGUCUCUUAAAUGUCCAAUGUGAUGAUGUUCAAAUUCUGAAUACCUAUUGUGCACAUAAGAAGCUAGGGACUCCAGUGUAUGACAUCCAUCCUCUGAGGUCUGACCAGCAUUGCUUUCUGUUUAAAGUGUUCUUGCCAGGGCUUGCUGCCUAUUUCAGUGGGACAGUGAGCCUGGCUCCCGAUGAGCUGGCUUUGGGGAAGAACAAAGCCAAGCAAGAAGCUGCCCACCAAGUCUUGAUGUAUUUGGGUCAUUCCUUGGGUUUUGAUGGCUUUAAUCUUCCUAAUACUCUGACUGUGAAGAACCCAUUUUGAAUUCUAGGCUUUACUCUGAACUAUAAUAUUUUUAUUCUGUAAUUGUUUUUCAAAGAAAAAUUGUAUCUGAGCACAAGUUUAUUGUUGUUGUACCUUCACAUGUUUUGUUUCUUUUUUAAUCUGAACAUGUUUGCCACUUCUUAAAAAAAGUUUAAUAAUUGGUAAGUUUGCCUACUCAUUCUAAGCUCUGCCAGGAUACUUUCUUUUGCACUUAACUAGAGACGAGCAAUCAAGUGUGAUUUUUAAUUCCCUUGUCUGUACCAGUUUAAGCUGAGCUCCUGAUAUGUUUACACUUUAUAAAAUUAAAUGAGGAAAGACACCUUUAAUGUACCAAUAAGAAGCUUGCUUUUUUUUCAUCUUUUUAAACCAUAUUUAACACUCCAGGAACAGACUUUUAAUACAAGAUUUUCAAAUAACCUUUCCUUAAAUUUUCAAGUGUCCAAAUUCUUGAUGGAGCCAGUCGUUUCAUGAAACCCAAACUGGUUAACGUUGGAGGACCUGAAGUAUUUAUAGCCACGUUGAGUGUGUUAUCCUCCCCAUCUAUGAGUGCUGAAUUAUCAAUAGAAGCUUUUUUAGCACAAUGUGAACAAUCCAGUCAUUCAGACUGACUGUGGACUGUAUUCAGUUGCUUUAUUUUCAGUUUUUUUUCUAAAGUAUAAAUUUAGUUGGAUUUCUGUUCUCUUUGCGAUUGGGGAUUUCUGCUGCAUUUAGGCAGCUCACUUAAGUAUAAUGUUGUAAAUAUUGCAUUGCAGUCCAGUGACUUUUAAAGAGAAAAACCUUUUUUACUUGUGCUUUUUGGUAUUUUGCCCACUGGGACCUAGACGAGUCAUUGCGUGUUAGAAUCUAGAUGGAACAGAGAUGGAUUAAGGUUUUGCUCCCAAGGUACAGGUGCAAUAUUGUUCAGUAUUUUGUUGAGGACCUCCGUAAAUGGGUCACAGCUUUCUAACUACAAAGGGUCUGUGAUGUCCUGGAAUUCCUCAAAUUUUCAGUCUCUCUUUCUGCUGCAGUGAUUGUUUGAUAGUGUGCAUGCUGGGAUUAACACAUCUACCAGCUACAAUAUUGCUCACAAAUGGUUUUGAUAUGACAGUCUAGAAGAUAAGACUAAGGAAGCAGGAACUCAGCACCUCACACCUUUUUCUCCCAUUUCAUACAAACAUGGCUGAUCUCAUCUGGGCCUCCACUCCACUUCCCUGUCCGCUUUUCAUAACCCUUCAACCCAUUAUGGAUUAAGAAUCUGUCUGUGCCCUCCUUUUAAAUUUAUAUAAUGUCCCCAAAUCCACCACUCUCUGGGAUAGUGAAUUCUAAGGUUCACAACCACUGCGGAAAAGUAGUUCCUCCUCAUCUGUUUCAAAUCUGGUACUCCUUAACUUUCAAACUAUGACCAGUGUUCCCUCUAAUUUUCUUUGGGGCUGUGCAGGCCUUGAGGCCUGUGCACAGCAGCAGCUUCCACUUACAGGAGUUAAUGCCACGAUUGCUGUUUGCAGAUCAUUAGAAAGGCUGUGCAACUUAAAGGAAGCAUUGACUGCUUCAUCAGGAGCAAUGUCCAUUCUCCAUCUAUUUUGUUAGUCCCCUUUUAAUAUCUUUGUACCUCAAAUGGAUCUGAUGUCAUUCUUCUAAAGUCUAGAGUGUAGGCCUAAACUGCUCAAUCUCUUGAGAGAUUUUACCAGAAUUGAUCUAGUGAACCUCCACUGAACUGGAAUGUGGGGAAAAAGAUCAUUUCUAGUUGUUAUUGACCUAGUAAAUGCCAUGGCCUGGAAUAACCAGAUUGAGGCGCUAACAGUAAGUUAACUCUGCAGUGCUACUUCCAUUUGAUACCUGCCCUUUUUAUCUUCCCACAUGAAAAGUUCUGCAAACCAAAAAUAAUCUGUCUGUAGUAAUGCUGUUUAGCUGCCACUUGCUAUCUCUCAAAUCUCUCUUUUUAAAUCCAAUUGUCCCAUAGCUAUGCAGUGUGCUUGGGGAGAGUAAAUGUUGUAUUAUUUGACCCAAGCCCAUCAGUGUUGCAUAUACAUUGCAAUCUCAUCUCCAUAAGAUGCCCCUUCUGGUGACUCUCCAUGCUGGCCUUAUGAAAGUGAGACUUAAUUUUAAGAUUGAUGUUUUCUUACUUUUUGCACAAGUGUUUUUGUUCCAAAUAACUUAAUGUUGUAAAAACAUGUUCUCGUUUAAAAUUGGCUGUGGUUUUGUUCAUGUUUUUGACUUGUACAAAGUUCUGUUGGGAGGAAGUAUUACUACUUAAUUUUAUUAAACUGCAUGCUUCAAAAUAG